AACGUCGGCGCCUUUCCCUGCCGCGCUGCAACGUACUCGGAUCUUAGCUGCAGCGUUCCCGGUUUCUCCCGCGCGCUGCUCUCGGCUUGAGCUCUGCGCCCCCUGCCUUGGUCUAUGGUGCUUCCCGGAGCCCCCGGCACCGUCAUGUCGCGCUCGGAGGAGGUGCAUCGGAUCACCGAGAAUGUCUACAAGACUAUAAUGGAGCAGUUCAACCCCAGCCUCCGGAACUUCAUUUCCAUGGGGAAGAACUAUGAAAAAGCCUUGGCAGGUGUGACUUUUGCAGCAAAAGGAUACUUUGAUGCUCUGGUUAAAAUGGGAGAAUUGGCCAGCGAAAGUCAAGGAUCUAAGGAACUGGGGGAGGUUCUGUUCCAAAUGGCCGAAGUCCACAGACAGAUUCAGAAUCAGUUGGAAGAGAUGCUGAAGUCCUUCCACAAUGAGCUAUUAACACAACUGGAGCAGAAAGUAGAACUGGAUUCCCGAUAUCUAAGUGCUGCUCUGAAGAAGUACCAAACCGAGCAAAGGAAUAAGGGGGAUUCGCUAGAGAAGUGCCAGGCUGAACUGAAGAAGCUCCGGAAGAAGAGCCAAGGGAGCAAGAAUCCUCAAAAAUAUUCUGACAAGGAGCUGCAGUUCAUUGAAGCUAUCACCAACAAACAAGGCGAGCUGGAGAACUACGUCUGCGAUGGGUACAAGAUGGCGCUCACAGAAGAGAGGCGAAGAUUCUGUUUCCUGGUAGAGAAGCAGUGCGCUGUGGCCAAGAAUUCCCUCACCUACCAUUCUAAGGUGAGCGAGUUGUUGUGUUGGGGUGCCGUACCAUUGGUACCAUCGACUUGGGAAGCGGGUGGGAUGAAAAAGUCCCUCCGUUCACGCAGUCCCUCGGGAACCCAGGCACGGGCAGCGUUUCUGUCCUGGCUGACUUCUAAACUCCUACUAACUGUCCUUCCUUCCUUCCUUCCUUCCUUCCUUCCUUCCUUCCUUCCUUCCUUCCUUCCUUCCUUCCCCACCCGACUACAGCGAAUGUCUGCACAAGAGACCAUCCCCGUAAUGAAUGGUGUCUCCAGCUCAGAAGGCGAAGAUUACAACCACUGGUCCGACAGGAAGCCUCCUCAGCCUAAGUCCUUAUCCCCACCCCAAACUCAGAAGAUGAGUGACUCCUAUUCCAACACGCUUCCCGUGCGCAAAAGUGUCAUGCCGAAAAACAGCUAUGCAACCACUGAAAACAAGACUCUGCCCCGUUCCAGCUCCAUGGCAGCAGGGCUGGAAAAGAACGGCCGGACAAGAGUACGAGCCAUCUUCUCUCAUGCUGCCGGCGAUAACACCACCCUGCUGAGCUUCAAGGAAGGAGACCUCAUUACGUUGCUAGUGCCUGAGGCCAGAGACGGGUGGCACUACGGAGAGAGCGAGAAGACAAAAUUGAGAGGCUGGUUUCCUUUCUCCUACACACGUGUGCUGGACAGUGAAGGGAGCGAAAGGUUGCACAUGAGCCAAGGGAAAAGCAGUAGCACAGGGAACCUGCUGGACAAAGAUGACAUCCCCCCUCCAGAUUACAGCAUGUCUUCCCGAGCUUUCCAGUCACAGAACGUCAACACCUUCAAACAGAGGCCGUACAGCGUGGCAGUGCCUGCUUUUGCCCAGGGACUGGAUGACUAUGGAGCAAGACCCUCAAGCAGGAAUCCUUUUGCCAAUGUCCAACUCAAACCAACGGUGACGAACGAUCGUUCCGCUCCUCUCAUCAGCUGAUCUCCAGGGAUAUUGGGCGACGGCGGGUACCUCGCACCUUUUUAUUUGAGUUUCACCUGUGUGGCAUUUCUGUGGUGUCCUUGUAAAGCACAUGUCUAUCUUUCCACAACUCUUUAUUUUUGUAGUUAGACUGAAUCUCAGCCCCCUGCUUGAGAAGCAGAAGUUGGCGCACUCGUUUUCUUUAUUUUUGUCUUUAGAAGAUAUACCUUGGCCUUUGGAGUGAUAAGUACCUCAAAGAGUACAUGAUGUCUCUGUUGUGAAUGGAGAGAUAGAACUAUGAACCAGGCCAUGUAGUCUGUUCUGUUAUAGACUUACGUUUGAAACCUCCUAAGGGUGAAUAAGCUAGGAAAGCUAGUAUGAGCAGGACGAGACAUUCUGUUUUGCAAUUAUCUUAUUUCUCAGUUAAUUUCUUGUGGAGGUCUCUUGGCACAAUCAGAACAUGUGGAUUUGAAUAAACUGAGCCUCUGGACUUCAGUGGUUGUCAGUAAAAGCAUUAGCACUGCCCGGUGUCACCAGACAGCGGCUGCUAGCAGCUGCAAGUCUGUACCACAGCUCUACAGCCAGAGCAGCGCAUUAUAUGGACGGAAGACUCAUUGGCUAUACAUCCCUCUUUUGAUUUGUGCUGUGCUUUCACUGGGUAGACCACUCUCCCUAAACUUAGUACAGCCAGACUCCAAAAGCUGUCCCCUCUAGUUAUCCUUUUAAUUUUCAUGACCAGUCCAGAUCGCUGCAAGUAUGGAAGGAAGUAAAAGGCAGGUCGAAAUUCACAAGGCAGCCAUCCUGUGCCUGAUCAUAGUCAAAUGGUUAUGUAUGCAUUUUUCAUGUUGUGUGCACAUGGCUAUGGUGAUGGUGCAUCAAGUAGGGAAACACCCUUUUGAGUUGCUUUUCAGUGAGCAACAGCCCCUUAUCACUAGAACAACUUGCUAAUUAACUAGGCUGGGGGAGAACCCUAACAGUUAACAAAGCUAGCUUAUCUCUCUCUCUCCUGCCCACCCCUCUUUCUGCCCUGAACUCCUCUUCCAGUGGACUUCUUCUCUACACAUCCUGCCUGGUGCAGUGUUUCAGUGUCCAUGCCACAGGAAGGAGACGGCUUAGGCAGCCUGGCCCCAGUUUGGUACUGCAGGUCAAUGCCAUUAGUAUUACUCUGGGCAGUGAACCAGGACCUUGCAGAGUUCCUCUUUUUGCUGCUCUUUAUAGUCUGCUUUUCUUUUUAAGAUGCCCUUGCAUUUGCCUUAACUACAGGGGUGGCUAAGUUGUGGCCCUCUAGGCUUGUUGGACUCCCUAGGUUUGUUGGCUCCAGCCAUCAGGGUCAGUGGUCAGGGAUUAUGGGACUUGUAGCCCAGAAAUACCUGGAGAACCACAGGCUAGCUGCUCCUGCCUUACAAUGUGAAUGUUAGAAUAUUUUCAUAAGAAGCUUUUGCAUAUGCUGUUGAGCUGGAGGGAUCAAAGUUCCCAAAAGCUUCAAUGCACAGCACUCAGUGUUGCAUGGCUAUCCCUGCAGGGUGAUGUUAGCGUGCACUUCCAAACUGGAAAGGAGGGAUCUGUGCUACUGUCUCCCCUAACAGCAGCAGUCAACUUGCAGAUCACUCCCGAGGUCACAGGAUUGGCUUCUGAUGCGCAUUCAUCAUUCCUGGCCAAGUUUCCUCUUGCUUAUUCUUAGACUGGAGUUCAUCCGCAAUCUGUCUUCUAAUGAAAGGUAAUCCAGCCAUCCAUGCUGGGAAGUGGCAGCUGUCUCUCAUCCCUAAAGCUACCACGAGAUAACUUGGGCACCUUAGCACCUCUUGUAGUGGAAGGAAGGAAGGAAGGAAGGAAGGAAGGAAGGAAGGAAGGAAGGAAGGAAGGAAGGAAGGAAGGAAGGAAGGAAGGACUAGCAGGAGCUUCUCUUGGAAGCUGGGUGAGAAGAUGAGCCAGGGGCCUUGUAUCUCUUUCCUCCAUGCAUGGGAAAGCAGCUUGGUGUGUUUGAGUAGGCAAACGUUUACCAAAGAACGGUUAAACGGGCCCUCUCCUUAACUCUUGCCAGUACUCUUUAAUAAUAAUAAUAAUAAUAAUAAUAAUAAUAAUAAUAAUAAUAAGCAGCAUUAGGGGACAAAAAGCAGCCACAUGUGGAUUCAAGUUGAAGAAUCACAGAGCUGCCUUGCAUCAUUUGGUUCUCAGAUAAAAACACGCAUGCAAAUUGAGAAGGUUUGAGGAUUAGACUCUGUGCCCUCACUUUUAUAUUAGUGUCUUAAAUAGAUAAAUAAAUAAAUGGCACCCACAGUGCCAGCCUCACAUUUAGAGGGGCUGAGAUCUCGCUAGUAUUCUACGUGGAAAGGCACCAUUGCUUGCAUUUUUACUGAUGCUCAUGAUGUGCUUCCAUACAUGUCUCAACAACCUUUAUUUUUGUACAGGCAUAAUGUUAUUUUAAGUACAGACCAAUUAUUGUUUGUUCCUGUUUGGGACAGGUAAUCUGGCAAAUGCCGGCCUUGGCCAACAGCUGUAAUUCUAGGCCGCUCCUUACUUAUAUGAGCAGGUCCUGUGUUGCAGCCAGUGUGUCUGAGUGUAUCCUGCCCUUCCUCCCUCUGAAAUAUAUUUCUCUCUUUCUCUCUCUUGCGCUUAAUAAUUACCUCAGGGCUUUGUCCACAGGAGUGUGAUGAGGUUUCUCAGCCAGAGCUUUAUAUUUUUAGAAAUGGCACAGAGCCAUACUAUGCAGAAAGGUCAAAUUCUACUUAGAUGAAGAGACUCUAGCCAGAUUAUAUUAUUAUUAUUAUUAUAUUGUUAUUUCUAGCUCUUUAUUCACACUUGUCUCAAGCCAGCAACAAGGGUAGAAAGUAUCCCAUCCCAAUGUAGUAAUGGUUGCAGGAGUGCAGCGCAGUUUGCAGAGUAAUGUUCUGGCAGAAGUGACCAAGAUGCGGGCAUCUUGGACUUCAAUCUCCUCUAGGUUUCCUAGCUUAACAUGCCCUCUGACCCUCUGUGCAAAGGCACACCAUGUGAACUCAAGGCUUUUGAACACCAUUAUGUGCCUAAGGGACAAAGUACUAGUGUUGCAUGAGAAAAGGAAGGGCUGUAAAUCUCCAGUUAAAAUGUAAGCAACUCAGAGAUGGGCAUGUUUAACGUGUUUUUGAGAAUAAGGAACAACCAUACGAUCGGCAUGUUUCGAUCCAGAAGUGCCCUGUGACUUGCCAACAUUUCGCGCUGGAACAGGGACACUGAGCAACUGCUUGUGGUAUCAAAUUUAUCUGUCUACAUCAGCAACCACCACUGCCACCCAGAACAGAAGGAAAUACUGGCUCGUAGCAAAAAUGAAUAGAAGGUACCAAACACUUCAGCUCCUUGUGGAACACUGAAAGGGCUAGUGGAAGUACCUACCUACAAGAUUACGUAGGCGACCUUCAUGAAUACUUACCGCUGGCAAGCCCCCAUCUCUCUUCUCUUUUGCUCCAGCUUGAAGGCUAGUGCACGCCUGUCAUUGCUGAUGUAGCCACACGUGCAUUAGCAUAGCUAAGUCUCCCGUUUAUCACGGGAAACCCCCAUAUUUUGUUACCGUUUCCCGCUGUUAUCCCGAAUUGAUAAUAUCCCGUAAAGCUCCUGCCGGCGGCCAUGUCCCGGCUCCUGGCUGUCUGUGCAUGUCUGGACAUGCGCAGAAGCAAUUUCUGGGGCCCAGACAUGCAGACAUGGGCAGCCCGGCACCGGAAG